AUGCACCCUCUCUUUAUCGACCCUUAUGCCGCUUGCUUCCUACCUCCUUAUACAAAGAAGGAAUUGGACAUCGAUGAACAACAACAUUACUGUCUUGCAACAAAGUUUAUCGAUGACAAGUUGUUAGAAAUAGCUAAACGCAUUGAUGGGCUAAAGCAAGUUGUCUUGUUCACAGAUGGCAUGGAUACUCGACCUUAUAGGCUUAAUUGGCCAACCUCGACUAUGAUCUUUGAUGUAUCACCAGAAAAGGUUUUUGAAAUUGCAUAUGAUAAGCUUCAAGGUGUGGGAGCUAGGAUCCCUAAAAGUUGCUUAUUCUUUCAUAUACCCGUGGAAUCAGGGGACAUAGAGCAACACUUACGCUCAAAAGGGUUUAGUGGGAAUCGCCCGAGUAUAUGGGCAAUGCAGGUGAUGUCUGUUAUUCGUCAAAUCUCCCUUUUUCUAUGCAAUUGA